CCCAGCGCCAGGUCCCAGAACUUAGUCCUACGCCACGGUUCUGACCACGCGUGACCUGCUGCCCAGCCGGCCUGCGGUCCAGUGGUCCCUGUGUCCCUCGGUCAUGUCGUCCUGCAGCCGCGUGGCGCUGGUGACCGGGGCUAACAAGGGCAUCGGCUUCGCCGUCACGCGUGAGCUGUGUCGGAAGUUCUCGGGGGACGUGGUGCUCACGGCGCGGGACGAGGCGCGGGGCCGGGCGGCCGUGCAGCAGCUGCAGGCGGAGGGCCUGAGCCCACGCUUCCACCCGCUGGACAUCGACGACCUGCAGAGCAUCCGCGCGCUGCGCGACUUUCUGCGCCGGGAGUACGGGGGCCUCAACGUGCUGGUCAACAACGCGGGCAUCGCCUUUAGAAUGGAUGAUCCAACACCCUUCGACGUUCAAGCUGAGGUGACGCUGAAGACGAACUUUUUUGCUACUAGGAACGUCUGCGCUGAGCUGCUGCCCAUAAUGAAACCACAUGGUAGAGUGGUGAACGUCAGCAGUCUGCAGGGGUCAAGGGCUCUUGAAAACUGCAGCGAACAUCUUCAGGAAAGGUUCCGAUGUGACACGCUUACGGAGGGGGACCUGGUCGACCUCAUGAAAAAGUUUGUGGAGGACACAAAAAAUGAAGUUCACGAGAAGGAAGGCUGGCCAGACUCCGCCUACGGCGUGUCCAAGCUGGGGGUUACAGUCCUCACGAGGAUCCUGGCCCGGCAGCUGGAGGAGACGAGGAAGGCAGACAGGAUCCUGCUGAACGCCUGCUGCCCGGGGUGGGUGAAGACCGACAUGGCGGGGGCGCAGGGCUCCAGGACCGUGGAACAGGGGGCUGAAACCCCCGUCUACUUGGCCCUCCUGCCUCCUGACGCCACGGAGCCUCAGGGGCAGCUAGUCCGCGACAAACUUGUGCAAACGUGGUAAACAUCUGCUCCGGGGCCUAAUGGUUUAAUAGCUGUUUGAAUGGGGCGGUGCAGCCCGGCUCUUGCCAGCAUUGAGGAGGAAGCUGUAUUCCUUUCUGUGUGGUUCCGCGGGCCAAACCCGAACGGCUCGCUGUGUCCGAACUCUUGGCAUCUCGAACCUUCAUCCACUUAGUGUGUCUGCUUUGUUUUUCAGAUUAAAAAUAUUUUCGUUUUUA